ACUGGAAAAACCUCAACAUGAACGUAUAUCUCAGCCUAGGGGAUGCCCCCGCCAAGUGAGAAUGUGAGCCAGGGCCCAUUUUGCAUUUGCUCCAACGUUCAAUCUCGCCACCAUCAGAAGGGGGCGAGUGAAUCCAGUGCCACUCAAAUUGCCACCCUCAGAGAGUGUUAUUCAAUACGUUGAGGUAGAUAAUUUGCCACAAAAUUACCAUGUUACUGCUGAAUACCAUCAGUCUAAGGCUGAGUGAGUUUCAGAUCGAUGAAAUACCGCCAUAUGCAACAUUCUGCGCCAAGUGGGGUGACGGAGAUGUCGUGUAUGAGGACUUGUGCAGUCCUCAGAAGGCACACCGAAGACCCGGAUUCCUGGCCCUGCAGAAGGGAUGCUCCGAAAGUCACAGCCGUGGCUUCGAGUGGCUAUGGAGCGACGCCGUCUGCAUCAACAAGAAAUCACCCAAUGCACUCUCUCAGGCCUUGAACUCUUUGGAUAAGAUAUAUCGGAGCGCAAGCCUCUGCCUCGUGCACUUGCAUGACCUGUUUGACUCCCAAGCACCUGACUUCGACGUGGAACGUCACUUCUCACGAUGUUCUUGGUUUGAACAUGUUUGGAUGUUGCCACCCCUCGUGUUCUCCAAGAAAAUGUGUUUCCACGACACACAAUGGAAUCUCGUAGGUUGGAAGUCAGACCUGACUCCACUGUUAUCACGAUUGACGUCCAUCAACGAAGCCGUUCUUGAGACCUCGGAUGCCCUGACGAGGAUUGCCAACAGCACGAAGAUGACAUGGGCGGCAGGACUGUCUUCAAACCCCAUUGAAGACGCCGCCUAUUCACUUCUUGGUAUCUUCAAUGUCAGCAUGCCCAUCAUGUAUGGAGAGGGCGUGGAAUCUUUUAUUCGCCUCCAGGAAGAGAUCUUCAAAAGCACCACUGAUUAUUCGCUUCUUGCAUGGAAACCGCAGACACGCCAACCAUACCGGGGACUGUUUGCCCAUUCCCCAUCGGAAUACACCCACCUCAAGCACCGAUCGGAAGGCGUUCCAACGAUCAAAGGACAACUGGAAAUACAACCAGACGCCAUUCACGUGCAAACCGGUCUCGGUGGCAGAGGAAAUGACCUUCUGCUUCCGCUUUACGCGUCUAACAAGCCCGUGAUGUGGGUUGUUUUGACACUAUGGGACGGCAUAUUCGUCCGGAAUUGUACGGAGACGGUGCCCGAUGGUGCUGAGAUCUCCAAUGUCUUUCCCAGAGACAUCCGUGUUAGGAAGGACUUGACCUCUGAUAUAUCGGGCAAAAUCUCAUUGCACAGAGACAAACCUCAAGAGAAGCGGAUUCCGACCAGUGGCCACUCCAAGUGCCAUUCUGCGUCGAAUCGAGAUUGUCAAGAUACCACAGCGAGUAGCCACAUUGCAUGGUCUGCAGCUGCCGAAGAUAACGAAGCUACUUAUACGUUUACCGGUGGUGUCCCAGGUAAAAGGCGCCCUCUUGGCUUUGUCGAACAAAGCACGGAGGGCAGCGUCAGAGAAGAUGGCGAAAGAGUGGCUGCCCCCCUUACUCAGAGCGGAUCUGAGGCAGGCGAUAUGACUCCCGGUCGGUCCCCAACGGGCAGUCCAAGCAGCAGAUGCGGAUCGAGCCAUUCAGACUUGCCCUCGACGUUGGACGCGGACCAUCCAUUCGCGGCAGUGACUGGGGAUCUAAAAGCUGUCUUGGUUGAUCGUUUCCUAUCAACUUGUGAUUCAAGACCUAGGAAAAGAACUCUUCUCUCAUGGUCCACCACAAUGCGCAAGAGACCACGGCUGUCCUGGUCCGACCCUUACAUGGACGUCGAGCUGGCGUCAGAUUCCGAGGACGUGGACACCAUUGUCGUGCACCACUCAGGCGAAAGGGUGAGCACCUUUGCCUGCCCUUUCUACCUGUUGGACAAGGAGAGACACGAGAAGUGCUUGACCCGGCACAGCCUGUCAACGAUCGACGCGGUCAAGGAGCACAUGUGGGCGUCGCACCGCCGUCCUCAGUUCUGCCCGAUCUGCAAGGAAACCUUUGCGACCCUCCGCGCCCGGGACGACCACAUCCGGGGCCGGAGCUGUGAGCCCAGGGACUCUCCAACCUUCGACGGCCUCACCGACCGUCAGAUCCAGCAGCUUGCUCGACGGGGUUCACGCCAUUCGUCGAGGGAAAGCCAAUGGUAUGAGCUCUGGCAUGUUGUCUCGCCGUCGGGCCCGCGACCCCUCUCGCCGUACUACUCCAAUGAGCAGGAAUUCCGAGUGGUGGCUCUGAGGCGCUUCUGGGAAGCCAACGGCCACGAUAUCAUCUCCGACUUCCUAAGGGAAAGAAACCUUCAGGGGUGGGAGGUGUCGGACGAGGAGCGGAGUCUUGCAAUUUUGUACAACGUUGUUCUUCACGAUGCUAUUGAUGAAGUCUAUCGGAGAUUUGCUAGGGCCACAAGGAACUAGGAAGAAUACCGAUGAUGGUGUAGUAAAUGUUCGUUAUUUCGAGUAGCUAGUCAAGUCAUGUGGAUCUGUUCCCAUACGCACUCAUGCACAAUUCCGCUUAUUCCCUUGAAAGUGGGAAAAAAAAAGAGACACAAAAGAAAAUGUAAGCAAAUAAUUAAAUCGCG